UUACUUCUUAAAAAUAUGAGAGGGGUUAAUUACAUCAUUUAUUUCCUUCCCGUUAACGAGACGAGAAGAAAUUAAAGAGGCGAAAACACAGUUGCAAUCGAACUUGUUGUGUGAGCUUUCCGAAACCGAAAAUCGCGUAAGAUGAAGACGAUGAUGAGAUUCAGAUCCUUAUUCCUCCGAUCACUCACCUCUUCCAGAUCGUAUUCUACUACCUUCGCCGCCGCUGCUUCCGCCAAUAACACCCUCCGAACCCUUUCUUCCCCUCGCUUUUCCUCUCCUUCCUCAGAAUGCAGGUCGCCUUUCUCGAUGGGCGUAGGGAGCUUGAGAUUUUAUAGUGAAGAAGUGACCCACAUGCCUGACAUUAAAGACCCUGAACUCUACAGCGUUUUCAAGGAUUUGCUGGCUGAAAAUUGGAGUGAUAUUUCAGAUGCUGUCGUUUCUGAUGCUAAGCAUGCAUUAUCUAAAAAUACCGAGGACAAAACUGGCAAGGAGGUUGUGACUAAUGUGUUCCGUGCUGCCCAGGCUGUUGAGGAGUUUGGUGGGAUUCUUGUCACCUUGAAAAUGGAAAUCGAUGACAGCCUUGGAAUAAGCGGCGAGGAUGUAAAGCCUUUGCCUGAACAUAUGAACAAAGCUCUGCAUACCAUUUUUGAUCGCUACACUACCUAUUUGAAUGCUUUUGGGCCUGAGGAGAACUAUCUGCGGAAGAAGGUGGAGCAGGAGUUGGGGACAAAGAUGAUACACUUAAAGAUGAGAUGCAGUGGCCUUGGUUCUGAGUGGGGAAAGGUUACGGUUCUGGGAACUUCUGGACUUGCGGGUUCAUAUGUUGAGCAAAGAGCAUAGAAGAAAUAUUUUAGAAACGAUGCAUGUAAUUGUUUGUUUCUUAUAUAUCAUGUUCUUGAUGCCUGUAGACUCCUGACUCGUUUGUUCUCAUGCGAUUGAUCGCAAGGAAAUAAUAGCUUCUAACUUUGUCAACUGAGAAUGUUUUCCAUCAUUUUCAAUGUCAUUUUCCAUAAGCUGAAAAUGCUGGUGAAAUUUGAAGUACUUUGUAUUUGUAUAUUAAGAAAUGAAAAUAACAUAUCAGGAGGUUGGUUAUUUAUAUGAGCUACCCUCGUUUGUA